AUGGAUAUCCUGGAGUUGGAUGCCCAACACAAGAGGAAAGUUGCUGGCAACAGGAGAACCAUGCUGCUUAGGCUCCUGCCAUUUGUGGUCUCCAGCUCCGUCUACUUCAUUCUUUUGCUCCCUGAGCCCAGCUUGAAGAGCACUAUCAUAAAGUGCCUCCCCACGUUCUUCCUGGCGUUCUUUGUAGCCACUCAGUCCAAAAAUGGAGGUGUCUUCAAGCCGUAUUCCCGGUGGAUUUUCCAUGGUCUCUUGUUCGCAUGUUUGGGAGAUGCCUGCUUGGUAUGGCCAGAGUUCUUCCUUGCAGGAAUGGGUGCCUUUGCCAUCUGCCACAUCUGCUACAUCGCAGCCUUUGGCCUGGCUCCCCUUCAACCUCUCACCCUCCUGGUCAUCCUGGGACUCGUGGCUGUGAGUUAUGUGGUGAUCCUACUGCCCUGUUUGCCAGGUUUCUACACGUGGGCAGUGCUGUUUUAUUCAGGCCUUCUCGGCGUCAUGACCUGGCGUGCCCUGUCUUGCUCCAAAGGGCUGGCUUUAGCGGGCAGCUUGAUCUUCAUCACAUCUGAUCUGUUGGUUGCCUAUGACAAGUUCUGCACCUCCCAUCCUCUUGCCCGCAUCCUGUACAUGAGCACUUACUACCUGAGCCAAACCUUGAUUGCCCUCUCAACAAGCACUCCGAAAUUUUCCCGAAAGGAGAACUGAGUCUUGAAUUAGACUUCCGGGUUGUCCUUCAGCAUCAAAAGUGCCCCAGUCAUUCUGCCUCUCAAAUUCGCCCUUCUCAAGUUCAACUAACUUCUGGAUGGGUUGAAACUACAACUCCUAGGAUUGCCAGCUAGUUUGGGCCAACAACUGGGAGUAAUUGGCAGCAGCUACACCCAUAAUCCCCAGCCAGUACGGACUCUGUGGAUUCUCAAAAAUUGUAGGCUUCUAUUCAUGGAGGCCACCACGUUGGAAGAAGCCCUGAUCAGCUUUCUUUCAGAAGUUCUGAGUCCAGACAGUUCAAAGAACAGCUGAUGCGUCCUCCACAUUUCCCAUCUUCACAAUUUUCUUCCGAGGAGUGAUGAUGUU